CUCCAAUCAACAAUGGCGAAGGUGAUCGAAGUGGAUUGCAAGUUUCCCAUUUUUUAGUGGUUUACCAAUCAUUUGAAGAUGUCCCAAGAGUACAGCCGAGCGCUCUUAAGGGUGGCAGUGGCCCAGAUAUGUCAGCAUCUUGGGUGGAACUCGAUCCAUUCCACACCACUAGAGCUGCUCACAGAUGUACUAGAGAGAUACCUGCUGCAGCUGGGGAAGAACACACACAGAUACUCCGAACAGUUUGGUAGAACUGAGACCAGGCUUGAAGAUGUGUUUGUUGCAUUUGAAGAUCUUGCCAUCCAAGUUCCGGAGCUGGAAGAUUAUAUGAAGCAUGUGGACAACCUACCAUUUGCAAAGGAAGUGGUCUCCUACCCCAUACCCUGCCCCAGUGACCUGAAGUUCCCGAAUCCUGAUAGCAAAGAAGUCCAACAGAGAAAGGUGUUUGACUUUGUGCCCGAACAUCUGCCGUACAUGCACCCAGAGUUAAAUGAGGAGGAAGAGGAAGAUAACAGUAUGCCAGCUGCCCCAGUCAGCCCAGAGAGGUUACAGGUGGAGCCCCCUGUCCCAGAGUCAAGCCCUAGCCCCACACCCACUGGACAGGGGGAAAAGAGACCCGCACCCAGCCCUGGGGAGUCACCUCUGCCAUUCAAACGACCAAGGUUGAUAGCAUCUCAGCUGCCUGAGGAAGCAAGUGCCUCACAGUACGAGAUGGAGACGGUUGUUAUGACACACAGUGGAAUAUUAUCAUCCCUUGUUGAAGGCAAGGCUGCCGAUACUAAAAAGCCGCCAGUCGGAAUAAGACAAACCUCAUACAUCAUAAAGAAACAGAGACCUGUGUUGUCAAACGCUUCUGUUAUGAAGACACCAGGAGAGACUCAAGUCAUAAAGCUAGAUUUUAACUCUGAUCCAUCCAAGAAAACAAAAUUUGUGGAAGUUGAUGAGAAUGUGAAGGACAGCGGAGCAUUACUGAGUUUUGAUAGAAGUGACCCUGAAUAUAGACCGAAAAAGAAGAAAAAAUUCCCCCUAAAGCAGAAAAAUUUAGAAAAACCACCUUUUAAGAUCAAAAGAGGUCCUGGCAGGCCAAAGUCUCCUGGUAGAGCAUUUGGUUCAGUGAUUCAUAACAAAAGUGCUGGAAGUUUCAAAAUUCCAAAAAUUGGGGAGAAGCCGAUAGUUCCCCCAGCAAGUCCACAACAGUCACCAUUGGAUUUGUCCCAGAAAUCUACUCCACCCCCACCUCCUAAUAUCACUGUUGUAAAAAUAGGCGAUAAUAAACCGGAAAUUGUAAGUGGUCCGACUGAUAAUACACCUAAAGGUAAGCCAUUGAGUAGACAACAGGAACAAGACAUGGAGGAUACUAUUGAUUCGGUUAUUGGGAAAGUGAAGGAGGCUGGAAAAGAGUCGAAGUAUCCCGAGUAUUUUGUCAGUGGAUUCAAAGAAAAGAAGAAGAAAAAAGUUGCAAAGUCUGAUGAAUGGACUGUCAGUGCAAUUAGUGAGACUUACAGUGGGCCAGAAGAUGAUGAUGAUGACAAUCAUGUUAAUGAUCAUGUUGAUGAUCAUAUUGAUGAUGAUAAAAAAGUGGACAUAUCCAGCAAAGAGUCAGAGGUACCAUCAUAUCCCCAUCCCACUGUUAUGGCCCCUCACAUGUUAAUGAGGAUGCAGGCUGAACAGGGGAUCCCCAUGCCUAGACCAAGGGGAAGGCCUAGAGGCAGCGGCAUGGGCUUUUACAAAUCUAUGGGUCAUAGGUCGCCCCUAGGUCGAAAACCGGGUAGACCACCAUUGACCAACCGAAGUCCGGUUCGAAGCCCAGGCAGGCCACCGUUAGCGAACAGAUCCCCAGGGAGACCACCUUUGAAUCGGAGCCCUGGGCGACCACCUUUAAACAGAAGCCCAGGGCGUCCACCUGGCAGCGGUAAAAGCCCAGGGAGACCCAAAGGUUCUACAGGACUGAGCCCAAAGCCCAGGGGUCGCCCAAGAGGCUCCAAGAGCCCUAGAUCAAGAGGCGGAAGUCCAAGAGGAGCUUACACAAACUUGCCAUUUGGAACUAUUGAAAAUCCAGACAACAUGGAUACCAAUGCUACUCGUGAAAGUGUUACACGGAAUUUCUCGUCUGACACCGGAAAUGACGAUUCUGGUGCAACGCUUUUUGAAUUCCCGUCAAGGUCCCCAGAUAGAGAGAAUACUCCUAAGAGGGAUAAAUUGUCACCACCUCAUUCCCCAAGUCGUAGUAGAAGUGGCUCCCUGGAUGAAAAGUCAUCUGUGGUGUCUAGUCCAGCGCCUACUGAGCCGGCUCUUUCAAGGGAAAAUACUCCGGAACAUGGUGCGGCUGUAAAGCAAGAUUCUAGUUCUGACUUGGCCUCUUCUCCUAAAGAAGCUACUCCAGUGAAAGAAGAACCAUUCAGCCCACCAAUAAACAGGGACAGAAGUUUCUCACCUGUAACAGUUUCCCCGAAAAGAGAACAUCUUUCUCCUAGAAAAGACUUCUCACCCUCACCGAAGAAAGACUUUUCACCCUCCCCCAAAAAAGACUUUUCUCCCUCCCCAAAGAAAGAAUUUUCCCCCAAGAAAGAAUUUCGCGAUUUCUCUCCGAAGAAACAUGACUUUGACUCAAGAGAAUCAUCUUUUGAAAAGGAAAGAGGAAAGUACACCAAAGAAAAAGAAAAGGAAAGGAGUAAAAGUUCAGAAAGUGAUGCUCAUAGAAAGGAGCAUAGACAUGAUAAAGAACACAGCAGGGAUAGGGAUAGAUCUAAGGAUCACAAGAAGGACAAAAAGAAGAAGAAAAAGAAGAACAAGGAAAAAGAUCGUGAGAGAGAGCGGGAAGAUGGAGACAGGGAUAGGAAGGAGAAACAUAAGUCAAGAGAGAAGCCAGAGAAGGAGCCUCGAGAGGAGAUACCUUCCAUCCCUCCACUCCAGAAAUUGAAAAUCAAGAUUGGUACAGGCUCUUCUUCAAGCCCAGGCUCAUUUAGAAUCAGCUCAUCUAAGCCUGUGGCCUCGCCCAAACCAGAGCCCAAAGUCUCACCACCCCAUAAGCAGCCAGAGAUGAGUGUUCCCAAAUUAAAAUUUCGAGUUUUGCCACCUAAGCCCGACCAGGGAAGUGACAGUCAAUCUUGGGUUUCUUCAAUCAAGGACGAAACCAGAGAACCCACACCUAAACAUGACACCCUUUUCUCGAGUCCAAAACCUUCCCCCAAGCUUGUACAUUCACCCUCGAUAAAGGCAGAGUUUACCAGUGACAGCGAUGAUGAUGGUGAUAGUAGUUCUAAAGCUGGUGAUGAUGAAGUGACUGUUUCUGUUGUUAAGGGAAAGAUAAUGAAAAAGCCAUCAAAGAAAGGAAAAAAGAAAGGGUCAUCAAAAAAGGGGAAGUCUAAGAGUGAAAUGUCACUACUCAGGAAAGAAUUGCUGACAGAUAGAGUGUUUGGUGGUGUCGAAAAAGGAGAUACAUUUUCAUCCAUAGGGAAAGAAGGCUCACCAUUGUCUCCUUUCUCACUCCAAAAUGUCCCCUCCCCAAUUACAAUUCCAGCUCUUAAAGCAGCCCCACCCCCUCCAUCUCCCCCAGCCCCAUUGAAAAAAUCCCCACCUAAACCAAAACCCAAGGAACAGAGGCCACAGUCGCCAUUGUUCAAAGACAUUUUGAAACCUAGCAUACCCCUCACUAUAAAGACAAACACAAAAAAGUCAUCCAAGAAGCAACCUAAAGUGUCACCUCCAAUAAAGAAAUUUCCAUCCCCAUCUCCGUCAAGCUCAAAAUCUCAACCAUUCAUAGACUUUCCAAUGCCUCGUACGCCAUCUCCUCGUCGAAGUAUGAGCCCCCUCUCCAAUAACUCCUCCCCAAUGUAUUCUCCUGCUUCAUCUCCAGCCAGAGACUCCCCCCUCCACUUCCAGAUCCCACCAACUCCUGCCCUCCCCACCCGCACAAAUACCCCUCCAAUUUCUCCGCACUCCCGCACGUUCUCAACAGAUGAGGAAUUUGACACACCCUCUUCGGAUCGUCCGAAGAUGCCGCCACCCACAGAUUUACCUCCCAUGCCACCUACAGCGGCACAGCGCAGGGCCCAGAGGACGGUUAUUACAGAGACUGUUGGCUCCUUUGUGAAUGAGACCGGUGAGAAAGUGUGGAUUUGCCCGUCAUGCGGAAUGCAGGACGACGGCAGCCCUAUGAUUGGGUGCGACACCUGCGAUGAUUGGUAUCACUGGGAGUGUGUUGGUAUUAAAUCAGAGCCUGCCGAAGACGCGUCCUGGUUCUGUCCGAAGUGUUCGAAACCUAGCAAGGGAAAAGGGGCCAAGAGGGGCCGAAAAAAGGGUCGCAAGAGCUAGCGAGACGGUUAAAUGACAUAGAGAUAAUAGCUUUAAAUUGAUAUAGUUUAUUAAAUGGGGCCGCAAAAACGGCUGUAAGAGCUAGCAGUGUUGGUUAAAUGAAAUAGAAGAGGGGCCUCAAAAAGGGCUGUAAGAGCUAGCAGUGUUGGUUAAAUGAAAUAGAAGAGGGGCCUCAAAAAGGGCUGUAAGAGCUAGCAGUGACUGUUAAAUGAAAUAGAAGAGGGGCCUCAAAAAGGGCUGUAAGAGCUAGCAGUGUUGGUUAAAUGAAAUAGAAGAGGGGCCUCAAAAAGGGCUGUAAGAGCUAGCAGUGACUGUUAAAUGAAAUAGAAGAGGGGCCUCAAAAAGGGCUGUAAGAGCUAGCAGUGACUGUUAAAUGAAAUAGAAGAGGGGCCUCAAAAACGGCUGUAAGAGCUAGCAGUGUUGGUUAAAUGAAAUAGAAGAGGGGCCUCAAAAAGGGCUGUAAGAGCUAGCAGUGACUGUUAAAUGAAAUGAAAGAGGGGCCUUAAAAUGGGCUACAAGAUUUAGAAGUGUGAGUUGAAUGAAAUGGAGUACAUGUAGUGGAUUUAUGUAUCAUUUAUCAAUAUAUUGAUACAGGUUAUUGAAUGGAGUAAAGUGUGAGGUAAAUGAAAGAAGUGUGCUUUGAUGAUGGUGCCAUGGAUUUUGCAUGUUAUUAAAUAGAUAAAAGAUUGUCAAAGUGUGAACUCAAACCAAGAAUAAAUAGUAGCAAGAGGGAUUUUUGAGGUGGAAGCGAAAAAUGUACUAUCUGCUUCUUUGUUGAACAGGGUUCCCACAGUUAGGUAAGUCGGGGAAAAAUGAGUGUUUUUCGAGGUCAGGGAAUUGUUAAAUUGGUCAGGGAAAUUAGGGAAAUGGGCAAAAGUGCGGGAAAAGUUGGAGAAAUUUGGAACAUGAGAUGGAGAGUUGUGGAAACAAUUUGUAAAGAAUAAGAAAGAAGGUAUCAAGGCUAAGGUUGCCGGGUAGCACGAGUUCCAGUGCCAAAAGUUUGGUCAGGGAAAAGUCAGGGAAUUUUGUUUUCUAUGAUUUGUGGGAACCCUGUUUAAUAACACUUGUAACCAUCAUGCUUAAAUGCCUCUGAUUGCAAAAUGGAAUACUAGAGAUAGUUAAAUCAAUAAAGAGGAUAUACUUUACUUUUAUUAAGGCUGGAUAAUUGAAUGACAAUGCUAAAGUGUUAUGAAGUUUGUAUUUGUUAUAUCUGUGUACAUCAAAAAUACCAAGAUCUAGUGCUACAUGUAUAUUUGGUCCAUUUUAGAUGAUUAUAUAAAGGGUCUUACCUGUAAGGUAUCAAAAAUAUUAAAAUUGUAUAAAAGUCACAAAUGUCAAAAAGAUUUAUUUUAUUUUCUGAAUAUUGUGUUUAUUUUCUAUACUUAUUAAAGUUUAAUUCACACAAAUAUGUAGCCCUGUAAUGAACAUAAUACACUUAAAAAUUACAACUUAAGUCUUGAUUAAAAUGGACCCAUGUUUCAUUGGAAGGAGUUUUAAUGGGAACGAAUAGUCUUUGUUAUUUUGACAGUGUCUUAUUCUCACCUUUUGUGAAUGAGGCCGGGGCUCUUCAGCUUGUGAAAAAAGUGACACUAAAUUGUGAAAAAGCCAGAUUUUUUAAGCAAUGAUUGUCCUAUAAAUGGCGCUUAUAUCAUUGCUUUAUGUCAUAAUUCACUUGUAAGAAGGACUUAGAAAUAGUGUGUGAAUAAUUAUAUAACAAGGAAGGAAAUGGAGGAAAAAUAAUAUUCAUGAGAUUUUGCUUAGAACUACUACUUUUAAAAAAUGUAUUGUUUUUGGAAUUUGUGAAUGUACACUACACUACAUUUUGUUUUCAUCAGAUGUUGUAAUGAGUAGUUGUUCUGUCAAUCAAAUAUUGAUCAUACUUUAUAACUGUUAAAGAUAUUCACAUAAAACUUUGUACAAAUGUUAAAUAGUCAACCAUACCUUACAACAUUUAAAGAUAUUUACAUGAAACUUGUACAGAUGUUAAAUAGUUUAAACUGGCAAUAUAUGUUAUUAUAUGUGCUAUUUUUUAUAUUUUUUAUCUGUAUGGUCCUUGGACCAUGGUGGACUUGUUUGUAAAGAAUUGAGUUGGUUUAUUAUUAUUAUAUGGUGUCACCCUUUUAAAUUAAGUGACAAUCUGCUGGACUUGUGAUUCACCUUCGUUGAUAAACAUCUUUAUCUAUAUGAUAGGAGCCUGGAAAAAAAUGAGUAGCCAUUCUUGAAUUAGCUGCUGUUUCAUCUACCAACCAUAUCAGAACAAACCCCUAGUGGAGCUCGAACCUUCGUCAAAUUUCGUGGGCAGCAUCUUACCUCUAGGCCAAGGGGCAGUAACAUUGUUUAUAUGUUGAUGUUGGACAGCUGCACUGUUUUGCUAGCAAAAACAUAGAUGCAAAAAAUAUAUUUAUGUUUAAUUGAAAAAGGGUACAUUUCAGCUUGUCAGUUUUCCGAGAAAAAAGUCUGCAUUUUGUGAUAGCCAUGGAGUCCUUGGCAUCACAGCGCAAAAAAAUACCUUUGACAUGACUCAUAAACCAUUUAAAGCUGCACUCUCACAGAUUGAACGUUUUGACAACUUUUUCAUGUUUUGUCUUGAAAUGAGCCAAUUUUCACGAUAAUUUUCAUGGAAACCAGUUAUAUAAUGACUGCUGACAUAAAAUGAGAUCGCAGAUUUUUAUAUUUAAGUUCAAAAAUUGAUGUUUUAUGCAUUUGCCUAAACCGUUAGUAAUAGUUUAAGCCAUAAAACAUUAAUUUUCGAAAGGAAAUAUGAAAAUCUGCAAUCUGAUCUUUUGUCAGCGAUCUUUUAUCAAUGGUUUGCAGAUAUUUACACAAAAAUUUGCUCUUUCCAAGACAAUUAAUAAAGAAGUUGUAAAAAUGGUGAAUCUGUGAGAGUGCAGCUUUAAGAUGAAAGUUUACAUGUUUCCAGAUAGAACUGAAAGCUAUUUUUUCUACUUGUAAGGCCCAUAUAAAUUAAUUGCUAGAUUUUCAUCCAUUUUUUUUUUUAAAUGGGGGCAGGCGGUGACAUUGUAUUUUGUUUUCUUAGAUGACUGUUUCACCAUUGAGUAUGUGUUCAUGCUCUUUCUUAUUGCAUUAGGGACUUUAUACAUGUGUUUUAGAUGAACCACGAACACUAUCUUAAAACAUCAAAACCAUAUGAUAGCAUACAUGUGAUAACGUCCCGGACGUCCGAGAUAGGUAUGAAUAAAGUUUAACGCCGUUUCCAUACAGGACCGGACCGAUACGUAAAUACAGACCCUAGUUCAACAUAUUUAUUUGAAUCAAUAACAUUUAAGGGGCGGCGAAGAGAGGGGUCGGGGAUGUAAAAAUCUAGCAAUUAAUUUAUAGUCACCUUUUUUACUCAAUUCAAACAGACAUGUUUUGGCGUUCCCUCCCCUGCACUCUUUGUACUUUUGUAUGACUGAAAAAUCAUGUUUUAAAUACUGAAUGCUGGUAGCUAUUUUGUUAUGAUUAUGUACAUACAUGUGGCCACAUAAAGGCAAGUGCUCAAUAUAUAUUUGUUUUUCGGUUUUAAUAUGUUUUUCAAAGUAUGUGUAUUGUGCAAUUCAUAGAAUGUGAAUAAAAAUGUAAAAAUGAA